CACACCACCCAUUGAAAAUCCGCCCAUACCCCCUCCCCCCUCCUCCCUUCCCUCAAUUCCUCUUUAGAUUCCGCCCUCAACACACACCCACAAUGGCGCGCCACAAACAAGCAACACCCCUCCGCCGCGAGGUCUCUUCCGAAUACACGAGCAGCGCAGACCGCGUCGGCACACCUACCAAGAUAUCUCGAACACUCGAUUCUCCUGCCGCUGCUGCGGCGCCGAUGAAAGUGAAUGGGCGUGUUAAUGGCGCUGUCGUCGCCCCGGCGGUGGCAGUGAAGGUGGAGAAGAAGAAACAGGCUGGGUUGGUGGAAUUGGUUAUUGGAGUUGCGGGGAUUUAUGCUUCUUUCCUAACCUGGGCACUCCUCCAAGAACGCCUAACAACAACCCCCUACGGGCCCCCCACCGCCCCCGAAGUCUUCAAAUUCCCCAUCGUCCUAAACACAAUCCAAUCCCUCUUCGCCGUCCUCACCGGGCUCCUCUACCUCCACCUCUCGCGCCCCGCCGGUCAGCCCACCCCCGCCAUCUUCCCCACGCGCGCCAUCACUCUCCCCCUCGCCGCCGUGGCCCUGACGGCGUCUCUGGCGAGUCCGUUUGGGUAUGCGAGUUUGGCGCAUAUCGAUUAUAUUACCUUCAUCUUGGCUAAAUCGUGUAAAUUGCUACCGGUGAUGUUUCUCCACGUUACGCUGUUUGGGAGAAGGUAUCCCUGGUAUAAAUACCUCGUCGUUUUCACCGUCACAGCCGGCGUCGCGGUAUUCACUCUCCACGCCUCGUCUGCAAAGAAACACGCCUCGAAAGCCGGCGCGGAGGAGAAGAAUAGGGCAUGGGGACUGCUGAUGUUGGGUGUCAACCUGCUCCUUGACGGAUUGACGAAUACGACACAAGAUUAUAUUUUUAAGACUUUCCAGCCCUACUCCGGUCCGCAAAUGAUGUGCGCAACAAACAUCCUCGCCUCCGCCCUCACCAUCUCCUACUUAUUGAUCUCCCCCCUCAUCGCCACCACACCCCUAGGGAUCUAUCUGGGCCUCGACCUCACCAGCGCCGCCACCGGCGGAGAAGUCCUCACCGCGCUCUCCUUCCUCAACCGCAACCCGGCAGCCUGGGUCGACGUACUUGGUUUCGCGGCGUGUGGAGCGGUGGGGCAGUUGUUUAUUUUCUACACGCUGAGUGUGUUUGAUAGUGUGCUCCUGGUUACGGUCACGGUGACGAGGAAGAUGUGUACGAUGGUGUUGAGUGUGCUUUGGUUUGGACAUCGGUUGAGUGCGGGGCAGUGGGUGGGGGUGGGGUUGGUGUUUGGGGGGGUGGGAGGGGAGGGGUGGAUGGCGAGGAGGGAGAAGAGGAUGAAGUUUGAGGGGGCAAAGGAGGGGGAGGGGAAGAAGGAGUUGUAG